UCCCCCCUCGAUCUGCAGCUGCUGGACUGCGCUGUGCCUGGGAGAGACGGGGCGCGUUCACCCUUCUCCUUGGUACAGCCGGUCUAACGAACGCCGCUUGAGACAUUAGCCAGCUCCGGUCCGCUCCACAGUUAAUCUGCCCGUCCCAGACCGCCUCUGGGUAAUUAUGCGACGGUGCUGUGGCUAACACGCUUCGUCAUGGCGAGGUGUUCUGAUCAGCGGGCUGUGUCGAUGACGGGCUGCUCCCGGAGCGCCGCGCUGCACCCGGCGCCCCGUCAUUAGGCUGCCGGGCCCCCGAGCGAGGAGCAUGUCCGCUUGUCUGCCGCGCGAUCCCGCCUCGAGAGAGACCCCGUCACGAUGUAUUUCAAUAGGAAAUCGAAGAAGAUCCACUCGGAAGGAGAGCAAUUAGUUUUGACCAGGCUUAGCAAGGACACUGCUUGCCUCUCUCCCCAAAGUGAUGAAGAAGGUAUGGGAGCCAGGAUAUGCUCAAGGAUGUCAGAUAAGCGCUUUCCUGGGACAUUUGAUAAACGACCCACCUGUUCGUCCUCGGGCUACCGGAAAGCGGAGGAUGAGAUGUCCGGCACCACGUCCCAGGCCGACCCGCUGGACGCCGCGGCUCGGACCCUCGUCCUGAACCAGCCGCAGCUCACCAAGUUCUGCGACAACCACGUCAGCACGGCGAAGUACAGUGUGCUCACCUUCCUGCCACGCUUCCUCUAUGAGCAGAUCCGAAGGGCUGCCAAUGCCUUCUUCCUCUUCAUCGCCUUGCUGCAGCAAAUCCCAGACGUGUCUCCCACUGGCAGGUACACCACCCUGGUGCCCCUCAUCUUCAUCCUGACUGUGGCUGGAAUCAAAGAGAUUAUUGAGGACUAUAAAAGGCACAAAGCAGAUAACACUGUCAACAAAAAGAAGACCAUAGUUUUAAGGAAUGGAGCCUGGCAGACGGUGAUAUGGAAACAGGUGGCAGUAGGAGACUUUGUGAAGGUCACCAAUGGGCAGCAUUUCCCAGCUGAUAUGGUCAUAGUGUCUUCCAGUGAACCCCAGGCCAUGUGUUACAUCGAGACCUCCAAUCUAGAUGGGGAAACCAACCUGAAGAUACGGCAGGGCUUGCCUCUGACAGCGGCGGUACAGUCCAGCGAGGACUUGGUGAACCUGGCUGGCCGGCUGGAGUGCGAGGGGCCCAACGGACACCUGUAUGACUUCACUGGCACUCUGCGUCUGGAUGACCACAAUCCAGUCCCUCUGGGGCCAGACCAAGUGCUUCUGCGGGGGGCCCAGCUCAGGAACACCCAGUGGGUUGUGGGAAUUGUAGUCUACACUGGACAUGACUCUAAACUCAUGCAGAAUUCCACCAAGGCACCCCUGAAGCGCUCCAAUGUAGAGCGGGUGACCAACAUGCAGAUCCUGGUGCUGUUCUGCAUUCUCCUGGUGAUGGCGCUCGUGAGCUCAGUGGGUGCAGCCAUCUGGAACAAGCAGCACACCGAGGCGGCCUGCUGGUACCUGUCCCGGGCAGCUGAUAUUUCCACCAACUUCUGGUACAACCUGCUGACCUUCAUCAUCCUGUACAACAAUCUGAUCCCCAUCAGUUUGCUGGUCACCCUGGAGGUUGUGAAGUUCACACAGGCCCUCUUCAUCAACUGGGACACAGAGAUGUACUACGCUGAGACUGACACUCCUGCUAUGGCCAGGACAUCCAACCUCAAUGAGGAGCUGGGCCAGGUGAAAUAUCUUUUCUCUGAUAAAACCGGAACCCUGACAUGUAAUGUGAUGCAUUUUAAGAAGUGCACCAUUGCUGGGAUUACCUAUGGCCACUUCCCAGAGCUGGAGAGUUAUCGCUCAAUGGAAGAUUUCAGUAAUCUGCCAUCAAGCAGUCACAGCUCCACUGAAUUUGACGACCCAGCACUCAUACAGAACAUUGAAAAAGACCAUCACACAGCUCCACACAUCUGUGAAUUCCUGACUAUGAUGGCUGUAUGUCACACUGUUGUUCCAGAGAGGACUGGAGACCAGAUCAUCUACCAGGCCUCUUCUCCAGAUGAGGGGGCUCUAGUCAAAGGAGCUAAAGGGCUGGGCUUUGUGUUUACGGCAAGGACACCACACUCGGUCAUCAUCGAUGCGAGGGGGAAGGAGCAGAGCUAUGAGCUGCUGAACGUACUGGAGUUCUCCAGUAACCGGAAGCGGAUGUCGGUCAUCGUGAGGACUCCGACAGGGAAGCUUCGACUGUACUGCAAGGGUGCUGACAAUGUGAUUUUUGAACGGCUUGCGGACGACUCCCAAUACAGAGACCUCACCAUCUCCCACCUGGAGCAGUUUGCCACCGAAGGGCUGCGGACGCUGUGCUUUGCCUAUGUUGACCUGACAGAGAGUAGCUAUCAGGAGUGGCUGAAGGAGUAUAACCAGAUCAGCACAGUGCUGAAGGACCGUGCACAGAGGCUGGAGGAGUGUUAUGAGGCUAUAGAGAAGAACCUUCUACUGCUGGGUGCCACUGCCAUCGAGGACAGGCUCCAAUCUGGCGUCCCCGAGACCAUAGGGACACUGAUGAGGGCUGAUAUCAAGAUCUGGGUGCUGACGGGGGACAAGCAGGAGACUGCCAUUAACAUUGGAUACUCCUGCAGGCUGGUGACCCAUGGCAUGUCUCUCAUCAUUGUCAACGAGGACUCCCUUGAUGCGACGAGAGCCACGCUGACGGCCCACUGCGCCUCUCUAGGGGACACCCUGGGCAAAGAGAACGAGCUGGCCCUCAUCAUCGACGGCCAGACGCUCAAGUACGCCCUCUCCUUCGAGGUGCGGCAGUCCUUCCUGGACCUGGCGCUGUCCUGCAAGGCUGUCAUCUGCUGCAGGGUGUCUCCGCUGCAGAAAUCGGAAAUAGUGGACAUGGUGAAGAAGCAUGUCAAAGCCAUCACUCUGGCCAUUGGGGAUGGUGCCAAUGAUGUGGGCAUGAUCCAAACAGCACAUGUGGGUGUGGGCAUCAGUGGCAACGAGGGCAUGCAAGCCACCAACUCCUCUGACUACUCCAUCGCUCAGUUUUCCUACCUGGAGAAGCUGCUGCUGGUUCAUGGGGCUUGGAGUUACAGCAGAGUGACCAAGUGUAUCCUCUACUGCUUCUACAAAAAUGUUGUUCUCUACAUUAUUGAGCUGUGGUUUGCAUUCGUUAAUGGAUUUUCUGGGCAGAUCCUGUUUGAAAGAUGGUGUAUAGGUCUCUAUAAUGUGAUCUUCACGGCCCUGCCCCCCUUCGCCCUGGGGAUCUUCGACCGGCCCUGCAGCCAGCAGAGCAUGCUCCGCUCCCCGCAGCUGUACCGCAUCACCCAGAACGCUGACGGCUUCAACACCAAGGUGUUCUGGGGUCACUGCAUCAACGCCUUGGUCCACUCUGUGAUUCUCUUCUGGUUCCCCCUCAAAGUGCUGGAGCAUGAUUCUGUCUUCAACAAUGGCCGUGCUACAGAUUAUCUGUUUGUAGGAAACAUUGUCUACACGUACGUGGUGGUGACCGUCUGCUUGAAAGCUGGCCUGGAAACCACAGCCUGGACCAGAUUUAGCCACCUGGCUGUGUGGGGCAGCAUGCUGCUGUGGAUGGUGUUCUUCGCGGUCUAUUCUGCCAUCUGGCCCGCCAUUCCCAUUGCUCCGGACAUGCUCGGACAGGCUGGAAUGGUGAUGAAGUGCUGGAGCUUCUGGCUGGGGCUGCUCCUCGUCCCCAUGGCGUGCCUGCUGAAAGAUGUGGCAUGGAGAGCGGGCAGGCACACGUACAGGAAGUCCCUUCUGGAGGAGGUGCAGGAGCUGGAGGCGCAAGCCCAGGACCCAGGGGCAGCUGUGCUUCGGGACACCAACGGACGCAGCCUCAAUGAGCGCGCCCAUCUGCUGACUCGAGUCUUCAAGAAAACACCUUCCAGCCUCGUUCGAUCUAACUCGGUCCAGCAAACUGUGUCACAUGGCUAUGCCUUCUCUCAGGAGGAGCAUGGCGCUGUGUCUCAGUCUCAGGUUGUGCGCUCCUAUGACACGACUCGGAAGCGCUCUGAAGUGGAAUAGUGUCCAGCGGCCACAGGACUGCGUCGUGGGCCGCCACAGCCACAGAGGACUCAGAGGUUUCACCGUGGGGAAAACUGCCACCCGCCAACAAAAAGACAUUGAAUGACACGCUCAUUUCUGUGGCCUUAGCCAAUAGCAUACCUGUGGAAUACUGAUUAAACAUCUCAGACAUAAACCUGAGUGACUCGCCAUCAUGGCUGGGUGCUUUUUGGGGUGUACUGAUCAUUUCUAGGCAGGCUGGCUGAUGGGAUUGCUCAUUCCUGCUUUGUCCCACUCCUGUCCCUUGGUCCAGGUCUCUGUACUGCAGAAGGAGGUCCUGCACAGCUGCACUGUGCCGAGCUGCAACAGCUGAGAUCCCUUUCCAUUAUUCAGUCCACAGCACCUCCCGGGUUCCCCACUCGACUCUCAUAUUUCCUUCACACUGUAGCUUAUUCAAGGAGAGGAGAGAACAAAUGUAUUAUACUUAGAAAGAUAACGGGUGUUUCCCAGGUCAGUGCAAAUACAGAAUGUUAAUGGUGACACAGACUGUGCAGCCUUCCAACACAGUGGAGUCUCUGAGUCUUGACAAAUCUUGACAUACUGGUUGAUUGAGUUAAGGACUAUAAGGAUUGUCUAAGUGCUGUUCCAUGACAGGGGGAGCUGAUAAGGUCUGUGCUGGUCUGUAUUUAUCUGUGACUUCAGAGGGAAUCCCACACUGCAUAGUGUAGUUCUGCCAGUCAGGUUUGAGGUUAAAAGGGAGAACUGUCCCUGUGGGUGCUGCCCUGGGUAGUUUCAGAAGCCCUAACCUUGCCCAGGCAGAUCAAAUCUGUCAAAUACUGUUUGCAAACAGUGAGCUUUUCCUCUGCAUGCCAGCUCGUCUAAUUUCUGUGUUCGAAUGCCUCAUGACUGAAUGCGAUGCUGGGAUUUGGUUUUCACACCUGCCCUGUGGUGUGACCCAGGCAUUGUCAUCGUCCACCUGAGAACCCUACCAGUAAGGCCCUGCGCACUGCAGGCGCCUCCUUCUCCCCUUCCUGGUUUUCUCUCCGUCUAAGCCAGGGUUUAACACGUCAGUCACCGCGAGAGCGGCUGGUUUUGUGUCUUCAAACACCUGCGCGGAAUUAUUUUCAUUGAGCUGACUUUGACGAGGACGAGGACAAAACAAUAAAUUCCAUCCACAUCCGUCUUUGUCCUGGGACCAGCGAGCACACGCCCUGGGAAAAGGGCGUUCUGAGGUGUUUUUAGAGCUCCUUCCAAGAGACACGCCGCGGCCGGAUAUUGAAACCCAAAGCAAAGACCACGGUCUGGCAGAGUGGAAAAGGCGCCGCUCGCGCCGCAGACCUGACUGGGUCCUAAAGCUCUUCCCCCUGGCCGGGGAUGCCUUGCGCUGCCGUGAAAGGAUCUAUAUUUUUCAGCCAAAGAAAGCUGACCCCCGUCACAGAGGCUUGGUGAAGCUUCCUGUUCAAAGGCGCGUGUAGUUGCGCUGACCGGAAGGAAGACUGGAAUGCCAGGUGGCUGGAAGCAUGCAGUCAGGGUUCAUUAAAUAUUCCUGUGCCUCUUUCGAAGUGUUUGUUCGUUCAUUUGUUUGUUCAGCGGUUUGUAGUGAUUGCGCACAUAGGGUCGGGGCGGGGGGGACGAACUGUUCCCCGGCACGAACUGUUAACUACGCCAAGUGAGAACUGGUCAACUCAAACUAACCCCGGCGCCUUUCAGCAAUAGGAGAGGUUGCAGGCAGACCUGCAUUGUGUAAAAUCCCUUUGUGCACCGUGCAGCAGUACAAUAACAAUAUUUCUAUUACACUUGGUCACAUUUUGAUUUGCCGAUAAGAAGGAUAUUGAUUAAAGGUCAAUUUAAUCAUUACAAGUAUGACAACGUAAGGGAUUUCUUUCCGAGCUGUUCUUUCUCUUUUUACUGUAACGUUGCAUGUCAACCUGCUCCACUGUAAAGGUAAAAAGAGUAUCCUGUUGUUUGCACAUUGAUUAUUAAUUAUAGUUUUAAUACUCAAAUGAGUCUGUUUUUCACUUGUCCGGUAAUCUUUUAUUGUUUUACAGAUGAUCUUUUUAAAAAUCAAACAUCUGCGGGGAAUGGUCAAAUUGUGAAGUCCCACCAAAUGCUGAUAGAUAGAUGUUUAGUUGUUUUUUAUGUUUUGAUUAUGUGGUAAGAUGUUAUGACCCUCAGUCUUAUCUUGGAAUUGGUGAAUUCUUCUUGCUCCUAAUGGUACAACAAUGUUUAAUAAUAAAGCCUAAUAGUACAGUAA